AUGGUGUCCAUGGGGACCCUCGCCUUCGAUGAAUAUGGGCGGCCUUUCCUUAUCAUCAAGGAUCAAGACUGCAAGUCCCGUCUUAUGGGCCUUGAGGCCCUCAAGUCUCAUAUAAUGGCAGCAAAGGCUGUGGCAAAUACAAUGAGAACGUCACUUGGACCAAAUGGGCUUGAUAAGAUGAUGGUGGAUAAGGAUGGCGAUGUGACUGUAACUAAUGAUGGUGCCACCAUCUUAAGCAUGAUGGAUGUCAAUCAUCAGAUUGCCAAGCUGAUGGUGGAACUAUCCAAGUCUCAGGAUGAUGAAAUUGGAGACGGAACCACAGGAGUGGUUGUCCUGGCUGGUGCCUUGUUAGAAGAAGCCGAGCAGUUGCUAGACCGAGGCAUUCACCCAAUCAGAAUAGCUGAUGGCUAAGAGCAGGCUGCCUGCGUUGCUAUUGAACACCUGCACAAGAUCAGUGAUAGCGUCCUUGUUGACAUAAAGGACACCGAACCCCUGAUUCAGACUGCAAAAACCACACUGGGCUCCAAAGUGGUCAACAGUUGUCACCGACAAAUGGCCGAGAUCGCUGUGAAUGCCGUCCUCACUGUAGCAGACAUGGAGCGCAGAGAUGUGGACUUUGAGCUUAUCAAAGUAGAAGGCAAAGUGGGUGGCAGGCUGGAGGACACUAAGCUGAUUAAGGGCGUGAUCAUGGACAAGGAUUUCAGUCACCCGCAGAUGCCGAAAAAAAUGGAAGAUGCUAAGAUUACAAUUCUCAUAUGUCCGUUCGAACCACCCAAACCAAAAACGAAGCAUAAGCUGGAUGUGACCUCUGUAGAAGAUUAUAAAGCCCUUCAGAAAUAUGAAAAGGAGAAAUUUGAAGAGAUGAGUCAACAGAUUAAGGAGACUGGUGCUAACCUAGCAAUUUGUCAGUGGGGCUUUGAUGAUGAAGCAAAUCACUUACUUCUUCAGAACAACUUGCCUGCAGUGCGCUGGGUAGGAGGACCUGAAAUUGAGCUGAUUGCCAUUGCAACAGGAGGGCGGAUUGUCCCCAGGUUCUCAGAGCUCACAGCCGAGAAGUUGGGCUUUGCUGGUCUUGUACAGGAGAUCUCAUUUGGAACGACUAAAGAUAAAAUGCUGGUCAUCGAGCAGUGUAAGAACUCCAGAGCUGUAACCAUUUUUAUUAGAGGAGGAAAUAAGAUGAUCAUGGAGGAGGCGAAACAAUCCCUUCACGAUGCUCUGUGUGUCAUCUGGAACCUCAUCCGUGAUAAUCGUGUGGUGUAUGGAGGGGGGCUGCUGAGAUAUCCUGUGCCCUGGCAGUUAGCCAAGAGGCAGAUAAGUGCCCCACCUUAGAACAGUAUGCCAUGAGAGCGUUUGCUGAUGCACUGCAGGUCAUCCCCAUGGCCCUUUCUGAAAACAGUGGCAUGAAUCCCAUCCAGACUAUGACCGAAGUCCGAGCCAGACAAGUGAAGGAGAUGAACCCUGUUCUUGGCAUCGACUGUUUGCACAGGGGGACAAAUGAUAUGAAGCAACAGCAUGUCAUAGAAACCUUGAUUGGCAAAAAGCAACAAAUAUCUCUUGUGACACAAAUGGUUAGAAUGAUUUUGAAGAUUGAUGACAUUCGUAAGCCUGGAGAAUCUGAAGAAGGAAGACAUGGAGAUACUGUGUAAUACGAUCUACUGUGAUUAAAUAAAUGGGUGUCUUACGAUUCGUCUACAGUUAUUUAUUACAGCCUUUUUCAGGCAUUGUAGAUGCUAUAAUAAAAAGAGCUGUUUGGUAACCGUAGUUUCAGUUGUUCAAAAAUGUGUAAUUGUGGGGGUACUAUCUCAACAUGUUUUUGUAUUCGUUGUAUUAAAGGAAUCUCUUUAAACAAC